AUGCCAGCCAAAAUGUUUAUAGUAUUAUUAUGUGUUGCUCCCAUCGUUUUAUCUAAAGUUCGAAGAUAUUCAAGACUACAAACAGAUCCGUUAUCAAAAACUAGAUGUGAUCUAGUCUGCUUUGAUGUCAGCAAGGAUGACAAGACGCAGUGUCGGACAACAUGCCGAUUGCAAGAGAGGAAACCUGGCACUUGCCCGAGCACAGAGCAUCCUCGUUGGUCAGCUGCGUGUAUUGAAGCCUGUAACAUGGACUCGCAAUGUGACGGAACCCAGCGCUGCUGUCGGCACGGAUGCAGCUCUACUUGCAGAGAACCCGUCGACCUUUUAACUAUACCUGGUCUGCCAGCCAUGCCAACUUUAGCGGAAAUUAAAGAAAAACGACGCUCCGUGCUCAUUCGAUGGUCAGAUGGAGUUGGAGACGUCGCUCGUACUGUUCCAGGUCGGAUUUUGUAUCUGCUGGAAGAACAACAUCAUCUAGGACCAAAGUAUGAAGAAGCAGGAUUAGGCGACUGGAACUUACUGUUGCGAACGAAUAAAACAAAAGUAUCACUUCGAAAUCAUUUGAAGCCUGGUCGAUGGUACCGAUUCCGGGUAGCUGCAGUUAGUGCUUCCGGAACUCGAGGCUUUUCAGUACCAAGCGCUCCAUUCACACCGCGCAAAGGUCCUAGGCCACCUCCGGCGCCGAAAAAAUUGAAAGUCCAACCUGUUAAAACAGAAAAUGGAAGUGUCACCAUAAGAUUAGAAUGGAAAGAACCUCGUUCCGAUUUACCCAUUAUGCGUUACAAAGUCUAUUGGAGCAGGAGAGUUCGUGGUUUAGGUAGAGAACUAGAUUCAGUUCUUGUGAAUCAUCAGGCAGUACCAAAGGAGCAAACAUACGUGGAAAUAAAAGAUUUGCAGCCCAACUCAAUGUACUUUCUUCAAGUACAAACCAUCAGCCAAUUUGGUCUCGGAAAACUGCGAAGCGAGAAGGCAGCUAUAUUCUAUAACACCACUGAUACAAGCAACGAACAACCAAAACGACCAGAACCUCUGCAGAAAAAAGAAAAUAAACAAAUUAAAAAUCUUAAGCUAAACAAAAUUAUUUGGGUGGAUCAUAAAUUGAGAGCUAAAAUCUCUUGGGAACCUUCAAGUAACCGAAACGAUAAGACAAGAAGAUUCUUCGUCCAUUGGAAAACAAUAAAAUGCCAAAAACCGCAAAAGCAAGAUAAAGAUUUAUUGGCAAUAACCGAGGAAACUACAUUCGAUAUCUACGAAUUAGAUUAUAACUGUAGUUACUUGGUCAGCGUUAACAAGGCACAAAAUGCGAAAAUUGAUAACUCCGAUAUCGUUAUAACCGUUCCCGAUUGCGAGUAUUUUAAAAGAAAAGUAAACAGUACGGUUAUACGAUGUAACCCAUAG